UCUUUGCGCAUGUACUCGUGCUGCAGACGCAAAGUUUAAUUAGCCCGCGAAAUGUCAAUUAAAUAUUAUGGCCCUCAAUUAAUGUCUAAUAUUUUCCAAAGAUAAAUUGUCUUUAAACUGUAUUAGUAUUCAAAAUGGCGGACUGAUUAUCCGAAUAAUCCAGAUAUGGCAUUAUGGUGCAUCUCUAUGCAGAGUGAGCUAUGAACCACUCCAACAGCAUGGACUCGGGUCAGAUGCCUUCCAGUGAAAUCCUGAGUGACCUCAGUGAGGCCAGCUCUCCGGACAGUGUCAUGUACGACACCGACAUCAUGGGAUCCUCUGUGAGCGACGAUGUCACAAAUCAGCUAGCUGCUUCAGGUCCAGUGGGAGUGGCGGCCGCAGCAGCAGUAUUGUCCACAAGGAAGCGAAAACACCCCCAUCACUUUGAAACAAACCCUGCACGCAGGAAAAGGCAACAGACAAGGCUUCUAAGGAAGCUACGUCACACUAUUGAGGAAUACUCGACUCGGGUUGGCCAGCAGGCGGUGGUUCUGUGCUGUACUCCCAAUGUCAACCAGUCUAUGCAGAUAUACAAAGUUUUUGGCUCACAGCCUCUGGAAGGAGUUAUGCGUAACAACAAGCCCAAGAUCCUGAUGGACCUUGACCAUGCUCUUCUGGAGCAUACGCCGCCCUCUCAGUCCGAGACCUCCUCCCUUCACGAGCUUCCAAGCCUCAUCAUGGAUGGCAUCCCCACCCAGGUGGACAAGAUGACGCAGGCACAGUUACGGAACUUCAUCCCUGAGAUGUUGAAGUAUUCCACAGGUCGCAGCAAGCCUGGAUGGGGGCGUUUGGAUUGUCGUCCAGUAUGGUGGCCCAGUGAUCUCCCUUGGGCAAAUGUACGCAGUGAUGUGCGAACUGAUGAGGACAAGAAAAGAGUGCCAUGGACCGAGGCUUUACGGCAGAUUGUAAAAAAUUGUUACAUGCAUCAUGGAAGACAUGACCUUCUGCAGGUUUUCAAGGACGAGCACUCAGGGAGUGUUAUGGUGCAGCACCAGCAGUACACAGGUGGUGCUAUGAUGCAGACAAUCAACAACCCAGAUGGGUCAGUGUCCAUUAUCCAGAUUGAUCAGGGACCUAACCAGAUCGUCACCUUGCCAGACGGAACCCAGGCAACUGUGGUACAUGCUAUACAUGAUAACAGUGGUCUACACCAUUUAACGGCCGAACAGGAAGUGCAGAUCACUCAAGCAUACCACACGUUUGCACAACAGAACUCUGGCCUGGCAUCCAUCGUUACCCAGGGGAUGGAUGUUGGGGCCCAGCACGCGAGUCUUGGAACGCUCCAGGCACAGAUAAACAGCAGCGGACAGAUUAUAUUGACAGGAGCUGAUGCUUCACAGUUUAGUGGUAUCAUGACAGUUCUCCCAGUCUCCAUGUACCAGGCUGUUCAGCCCAUAACGUCCAGUCUACCUGUGAACUUCCAGCUGGCCCAGUCCAUGGGGCACCAGUCUGUGGAGAUCGCCAUGGCACCAGUCUCCAUGGCAAUGGGACAGCAACUGCACGUUGACAACAGCACAGACAUGACGGAGGAGGGCUCUGAAUUGACAAUUAAGUCUGACAAUUCUUCUCAAGAGGAAGGGGACGUGGACAAUGUCGACACCGGUGAUACAGAUAUGCAGAUUAUGGAGUGAUGUGCCAAAUAUAGUGCUUAUGUUUAUAUUUUGUCAUAUGAGCCUCAUUUUGAAAAAAACUUUGCCUAAUGCAUGUGCAUAAAGUUGAGUCUCAGAUAAGGUUGUGUGCAGGCUUAUCACGGACGACACUUUUCUUUUAGAAGAAACUUCCUUAAACAAAAUAAGUUUAUAAAAGUGGAAAGUGCUGUCCCUGAUUUGCCUGUGUGGAUUGCACAGGCUAAUCUGGACUGACACUUUAGCAGCAUGCAUUAAGCCCUGUUUUCCCAGAGUGGAACUCGCAUGUAUGAAGGACAUUUCUACUGCGCAAAUACAGCUCAUAGUUUAUUUAUUUAUUAAGUUCUGUUUGUUUCGGUUUUACUUACUUUCUUCUAGAAUGUUAAGGCAUUUGAAAUACCACAGAUUUUUAAUUUAUAAGAUAGUGUUUGUUGUUGAUAAAGCAUUUUGUCAUUGAUCACACUAAGCAGCAAUUCUAAUUAUUUUUGGGUUUUAACCAGCAAUAAUUGAAUAAAUUCAUCAUUCUGUUUCAACCAGUGCAACAGAUUUGCCAGCAUUGAGAUUUUAGCUCAUAUUUCUCUUCUAAACAUUCAGCACUGAAUGAUUAGUUUAUCAGAGCCCUUAUUCAUCGACCAUGUCUUUGACCAAGUAUGGAGAAUAGGCAUCGACCCAAGAAGCUAUAUUUCAGAGUUGAAUAUAUUACCGCUUUCAAUGGUUCUUGCACCAUUGCACUAUAUGAAUGUUAUUUGAGGUUUGAAUGUUAUGUCCAGUUUGACAUAAGAAUUAAGAAUAUUUACGAAAUUGCAGUUUAAGAAUAUCCUUUAUUUAACUCUUUCAGUGCUGGAACCAAAUUUUGAAGGCCUUUGCAAACAGUUUAAAUCCAGAUGAGACACCACAGAACGUGGCGUCUCAUCAGGAUUUAAACUGUUUGCUAUUCUGAUUGUAUCCUUUGAAAAAAAUCGAAGAAAAUGCUAAUUUUAGAAAUUCAGCAGACGACAAUUUAGCAGACAACAAAUUUCACAGCAUGCAAAGGGUUAAAGACAUUAGUCAAACAAUAGGUUGGUAAAUAGGUGCCAGGAAACUUCUGGGGUUGCAAAAUCUUGUAUGGUUUUAUGUGUAAACUUCUAAAAUUGGCUUUGAGGAACUUGUUGAGUUGCACUUGUCUUUUAAAGCUCUGUGGUAACAAGGGCAGUAGAUUUUGUACUCUAUGAAAUAAUGUUUCACAGCAGAAACAUUGGCCACAUUAUUGUAUAUUUUUAAAAGGAUGAAAAUAGUACAAAGCGACAAAACAACAUUACAAAUGUCGAGCGAUUUUGUGUUUCUUUACAAAUUAAAGAACAGAAUCUCCUCAAAAACUUUUUCACCCAUCUCACACAGCAUUAAUGAUUUAUUAUCUUCAAAUAUGUAGUAUUUUUGAACGCUUAAAUUAGGAAUUGACCAAAACUGUGCACUAAUGUGAAUGUUCUCUAGAUGAAUGUCAUAUUUGUUUGAAAAUGUCAUAUACUCAAUUGUGUUGCUGUACAGCGUUUCUUUAUAACUUAAGCUUGUCAGUAACUUUUAUUAUUAAUGUUGUGAGUGUUAAAUUGUGCAAUAUUCUAUUCAUUUGGAUCACUCAAUUAGGACGCAUGUGAAGGCAAAUUUGUAGUCAAUUGUGUGUUAGAUAAUUUCUAUUAAGCUAUGACCACAAGUCAGUCGUACCUUGUCCUUGUAGUGAUCUACAUUUACAUGAGAUGUGAAAACUUUGUUUGCCAUAAUCCUGCAUGCCAUAAACAUAUUUGUGAGGAAAUACAUGUUUGUAAUACAAACUUUUAUUAUUGAUAUUAAAUCUUCAAAAAUC